AUAUGUCGCCAUUAUGCACCAUAAAUGCUUUCCACUUGGAAUUAGUUAAUGGAUAAAUAUUUUGUCUCUUUUUGCUAAAGGGGUUUUCUUCGCUUGCAAGGUUGUUCAGAAAAAGCUCCCUGAACUUUGAACCGUAGCUGCAAAGUGAGAUAAACAAGAGCCAUAUAAAUACCACAGCCCUUUUCCCCGCACUGUUUUCUUCUCUAGCAGAGCCAGGCGGAGCUGCCAAGAAGGGGGAGGAGGAAAAGGGAAAAGCCCAGCCAUGUGGGCAGGGCUGGGGCUAGUUCUGGCUCUCUGCCUCCUCCCAGGAGGGGGGGCUGAGGUCCAGAACUGCCAGGAGCCUCCAGAAUGGCGUAUUGGGGAGGAGGACCCAAUGCAGAACUCCAGAGGCACAGUGACAGUGGUAGCUCUCCUCCAGGCUAGCUGAUUAUUGUGCCUGCAGCAGGCUUCUAGAUUGGAGGACCUGCGAGUAAAGUUAGAGAAUGAAGGACUGGUCAACAUCUCGUAUGUGGUUGUCAACCAUCAGGGAGCUCAAUCCCAGAGGGAAUUUCACCUACUGAAAGAACGUGUUUCAGACUAUAUUAGUGUCUAUCAACAAGAACAACAACAAGAUGACGUCUGGACUACCUUAAAUGGAAACAAGGAUGACUUUCUCAUCUAUGACAGAUGUGGCCGUCUGGUGUAUCAUCUGGGACUGCCCUAUUCCUUCUUGCAUUUCCAAUAUGUAGAAGAAGCUAUUAAGAUUGCAUACUGUGAAAACAAGUGUGGAAACUGCUCUUACACGGAACCUGACAUUGAUGAUAUAUGUGAAAACAUCACCAGGAAAGCAGAUAAGCUAGAAGAGAGAGAACCGAAACCAACUGGUCAGCACUCCCAUCACCACAACCUGCACAGACAUGGACACCACCACCACCGCCACCACCAUCACCGGCACAGCAGUCAUCACCCCAAAAAGGAGAACAGCCAGGCUUCCUCUGAAACUGAAAGACACCCCCCUCACAGCGGCCGGCGCCACAGAGUAUUUGGCCAUCACAGACACGACCAGUUAGGUAAUCAUGAGCAGGUAGACACUGCUCCUCCAGGAGAAAGUGUGGAUAUUACACAAGAGAAAAAGCUAUGAAAAAAAGGGAAAAACAGCUGUAAGAACCAGUUGACUUGAAACUGGCAGACAGCAUCAGACUCUACUUCUAGUAGCUGAUGCUGUCAUUGUCGACACCUUCUGUUUGAAGAGUUAGGAAAUUCUGUCACUUGACAGUGUCAUGGAACACUUCCAAAUUCUUGCAGGUGACAUGGCCAGCUGGCAGCAGAGGACAUCACUGAAUCCUGACAGUGACGUCUGCUCUCUGCUGCCUGACAGUCAGCAGCAGCAGGAGGAAGUGAAACCAGUGACACCUGACAGUGACAGGAAAAGGCGAGAAACUGAGCCUGAAAAACAAACUAAGCACCUUCAAAAUACAAGGCAAUCCUAUUAACUAAAUUCGUUGCAAGAGUGUAAAAAUUAACAGAUUAGGUGUUUUUGUUGCCCAGAAUUAAAAUUUAAACUGACAGGUGUGUGGAAUUAGAAUAUGGCAAAGAAGUAGACUUUUAGAGCAGUGCUCUUAAAAUUACAGAAUACCUGUCAAAUUCCAUCAGUGAAAAGCUUCAUAAUUUAAAGGAAUUUAAUUGUCCGCUAGUUUGUUUUUUGGGUGCACUGGGAAGGUGUCUGCAUUCUUGAUUAAUUUGUCUUUCUUGUUUUUCUUCUAACAUUCUGCUUGCAUUUUUGAGGACAGGAGCAUAAACUAUGACCUAGGGGCUCCUGUUUGAUGUUUUGCAAUAAAGAACAGAAGAUAACCAAGACAGAUAGUUUAAUCAAUUUUUAUUCAAAAGUUGAGUUAGAUUUUUUUUUCCUAACCUGGGGAUACAAACUAUGUACACAAAAACUUAUUCCUAAGCCAUGUGACAAAAUAACUUUUUGUUCAAAAUGUAAUAUACAAACAGUAACUACAUUAUUUUAAAGUAACAGAUUUAUAUGCUUAACUUUUGUGUCUUAGAUACAAUAAAAGGAUCAAUUAAUACAUAAUCCUACUAAAUCAGUAAGAUCAUGCCUUAAGCAAGAAGCAGUGUUAACAGCUAUUCAUACAGAAUGAGUGUCAGAAUCAAUAAAAGGGAGGGAUAAAAGGAGUUUAAUCUUAGUAUAAAGUUUAUCUUUGUUUAUAACAGUGCUGAAUUCAAUAAAUCUGUAUUGAUUAGUAAGGUAAUAUACCACUGAAACUUGUAUAAUUUCUCUGUUUGUAGCUUAGCGUUUCUAUUGUUUCAUUAACUGAAUGGAAGUAAAACCAGUUGUUUGAAGGAUUUCUGGAUGAAGAAAAUAGUAUUUAUGAAAGGAAAACUGCUAUGAAAGCAUACACCAUAAUUAAUGAUGGUUUGAUAGGGAAAUUAUUAGUCCUGCAAAACCUGAGUCUUUUUAUUGUGAAUGCUGACUAGCAAGAGUAUAGCCCUGAAUGUACACAGAGUGCAUGCCUUUGGAAUAUUUGACAAGAGCAUUUUCAAUAAAAAAUACUAUCUUCA